GAACUCGAUACACCGCGAAGAGUUUUCCUCAAAGUGACCAAGAGGGGGCAGGCUGUAAGUUUUGUGGUGUUGAUAGCACCUGUCACAGCCUUUUCAUCAGGUCAUGUUGAAGUCGUGGCUGUGGCUAGAAGUGUGCUUGUAACAUUUGCCAGCUAGCAACUGUAGCCGCAGCAAGUUGGCUCGAAACGGCUUAGAGUAUGAACUCAACACGCGUGAAGUAGGCCUACGCGUACGGGUACUACGAAAAUACGGCCCAGUGGCCUUGAUCGCUUAAUGGGACAGAGGAUAUGCAGCUGGGUUAGUGAACGUGGCAUAACUUCACUUCCCCUGGCUUCGCUUCGCGUGCACGGUCGAGUCCCCGCAUAAGCGCCAGCAUGGAACUUUUCCACAAGUGCUCGUGGCUUGUUUUUCUCUUGGGCCUUUGCUUCUCUUUGGUUUUCCCUGGUCUGUCUGAAGCCAAGAAGCCCAGAAGUCAACACAUCAUCCCUGUUGAUGAGAUUAAGGAAUUUAAGAAACUCUUGCGAACACGCAAUAAUGUAAUGGUUUUGUUUUCAAAAACGGCUAAAGAUGCCAAUUCCUGGAUGGAUGUUUACGGUGAUGUGGCCUCGGAGAUGAAGGGCCUAGCUACUCUGCUGACUGUUGACUGCAGUGAUGCCAAGAAGUUAUGCAAGAAAUUUAGGGUCUCUCCAAGCAAUGUGGUCCUCAAGCACUACCAGGAGGGUGAAUUCAAUAAAGAUUAUGACAGAAGGAAGAAUAAAAAGUCUAUGAUAUAUUUCUUGAAUAAUCCUACGGAAGACGCACCAUGGAUGGAGGAUCCCACAGCUGGCAAUGUCAGACACAUUGAGUCAGGAAAGGAGCUGCAGAAAAUGUUGUCCAAGGAGAAGAAACCAAUCUUGGUGAUGUUUUAUGCACCAUGGUGUGGGCAUUGCAAAAAGAUGAAGCCAGAAUUUGCUGGCGCAGCCAAAGAACUCAAGGACUCUGCGGUCUUAGCUGGUGUAGACGUUGAUCUACCUACAAACUACGAGAUUCGCACAGCCUACAACAUCACCGGCUUCCCUACAAUCAUUUAUUUUGAGGAUGGACAACAGAAGUUUAACUAUGGUGGCGAGAGAGAUCAAAGUGGCAUCAUUGAAUGGAUGAAAGAUCCCCAACCUCCCAAGGAACCAGAACCUGAAGCCCAGUGGAGUGAUGAAGAGUCCGAGGUCAUUCACCUCACUGACGAAACGUUUGACAGCUACGUGGAAGGACACCCAUCAGUGCUGGUCAUGUUCUACGCCCCGUGGUGUGGUCAUUGCAAGAAGAUGAAGCCAGAAUACACAGAGUCAGCUCAACUGUUAUCAGAGGAAGGGCAUGAAGGGGUGUUGACUGCUGUGGAUGCAACCAAGGAACAAGCUCUAGCCAAACGCUAUGAGAUUAAAGGCUUUCCCACUCUCAAAUAUUUCAAAGAUGGUGAAUUUGCUUGGGAUUUAAAUGAAAGAACGGGAGAGAAGAUCCGGGAGUUCAUGAAAGACCCCUCAGAACCUCCUCCACCACCUCCUCCUGAGCCCAGCUGGAGUGAUCAGGAAACGGCUGUCAUCCACGCAACCGGUGAAAACUUCAAGACGGUAACCAAGAAGAAGAAACACAGUCUGGUCAUGUUCUAUGCUCCCUGGUGUGGUCACUGCAAAAAGGCCAAGCCAGAGUUUACGGCAGCAGCUGAAAAGUUGAAAGACGAAUUAAAAGUUGCUUACAUUGCUGUGGAUUGCACUGAUGACAAGAACAAAGAAAUGUGCACGACGUACGACGUAACAGGCUACCCGACCAUCAAGUACUUUGUUUACGGUAAAGAUCCCGUGCCUUACAGUGGAGGAAGAGAGGAGAUUGACUUUGUCCGCUUCAUGAUGCUUUUGGUCAACCCUGAUGCAGCGCCCCCAUUACCUGAACCUGUGGUAGAGGAUUUCUGGGCGGAGCUUGAUGGUGGGGAAAAUGUGUUACAACUGGCGGACAGCACCUUCGAUGAAGUCAUCAACAAAGAAGAGUCGGUCUUGGUCAUGUUCUAUGCUCCAUGGUGUGGUCAUUGCAAGAAAAUGAAACCUGCCUACUCAGAAGCUGCGACUCUUCUCAAGGAAGCUGGGCACCCUGGAGUACUUGCCGCUGUGGAUGCGACAGCCAACAAGGCCUUAGCAGCUAAAUAUGAUAUUAGAGGAUACCCAAUUUUAAAGUACUUUAAGAAUGGAGUUGCAAAUGAUUACGUCUCUGGGCGUUCAACAGAUAACAUCAUGGACUUUAUGAAAAAUCCAAAUGAAGCUGCCACGCCCAUCCCUCCUACCCCCGAACCCAAGUGGAGCGACAUACCCAGCGCAGUCAACCACCUCACCCAGGAAAACUUCAAGCCAUUCACUGAGAGCAACCAGCAUGUCCUGACGAUGUUCUACGCUCCGUGGUGUGGCCAUUGCAAGGCAGCGAAGCCUGCCUUCCAAGCCACUGCCGACGUACUCAAGAACGAGGAAGGAAUGGAGUUAGCUGCCGUGGAUUGUACCGUGGAAAGGGAUUUGUGCAGUAAUUUUGAAAUCCAAGGAUUCCCCACCUUCAAACUUUUUACAAAGGGAAGCCCGACAGAAUACCAAGGUGGCCGGACAAAGAGUGAUUUUUACAGCUUUAUGCAAAGCCUGAAGGGUGGUGCUGGAGACACACCUAAAGAGGAGCUCUGAUGACGGCUGCUGGCAAGUAGAUAGCGCCCUCAUGUUUGUCAUCGUCAUGGGAGUGGGGCAUUUUAUAUCAUUGACUUGGGGCAAUGGUGGAGGGGAAUUUCUUGCUUUAAAUAUUUUUUUUCUGAAAAUUGUACCUUGUGACUCUGCAUUCUGUUUUGAAAAAUCAUGACCUUUAGGGUCAACACAAGGUCAUGACAGAUUGGGGUCCUGACACUUUGACCUUUGCUCUUUCAUAACAUUUGUUAUUUUUGAAAUGGCGUACUCAUGAAAUGGGUACAUUGUAUCAGAUGUAACUGUGUGCCAGUUUUGAUGUAAGAUUUUUGUGGGAGUUGUGGGAUAUUUAGUUUGGUUUGGUUUAAGAGGCCUUUUUUGCCUCGAUGGAGACAAACAGUCAAUAUCUCUAGUUCCUUUGUUCCAGUGCUCUCUGUACUUGUAAUUUAGCACCUCUGUGCUCCACUCAAGUGUCUUAAUCAACAAAAUUGUAUUUUCUGCAAUUACUACAAGUAGAGAGAAUGUGGUUGAAUGAAUGUGGAAUUGACCCCAGAACAACUGUAUUGUUGGUCCAGUGGUCUGUGUACUGAUACAGCCAAGCUUCAGUGAAAAAUGUCUACUAAUCAGUUGGUUUUGAUAUAGCGAGUUGGGAAUAUGAUUCAAAUGUUUCAGUCAAUAGUGUCAGGGUUCACCAAAUUCAGUGCGAUGUUGACUGGGACAAGCACCAGGGAACAGACUGCUGGCACUCUGGCCCUCCAUAUACGGGCCAUGCAAAAUUACCAAAGGAUAGUGUCUGGCACCCAGACUUUCAUGUCGAAUCCAAAACUUGAAAUGCAUAGUAAACAUGUUUCUCCCUGUGUCUUUUUUACUACCACAAGUUUUCCAUUUCAAACAUGAGGCUUUCUUUUAAUUUCAUCCUUGAUCCUUUUUUAUUGUUCAUGUGGUGUUUUGGAUGGUGGGGUGUGAGAGGAUGGAGUUAAUCCCUGUCCUUAUAAAUGGCCACUUUAAGUACUGUGCUACCCCAUCUCUACCGUGUUUCGUACCAUAUAAUCCUGCUCAAAAUUGUAAAUAAAAGUUUCACCCUGCUGGAUAGAAACUUCAACCACAAACACCACAUAAAGCAAAACUGUGCCAAGCCCAAUCACUCAGAACACCUGGAACUAUAGACAAAUGAUGUUUCCUUGGAAAUUUCUAAUGACUGCUUUUAAUGGCAGAAAGGAAGUGUUUGUUUAUGGAGUGACUGUCACAGAUCUGCGAUUACAUUCAAUGGUCAGCACAAUGCUGACUGUCCUUGUGAGGCACCACUGUAAACGACCAUUUGAUGUCGAUACUGUCAUAUAUAUGACUGGUCUCAUGUAUACCUUCUCGUUUUUCCUCCUAUCUGGAAGUGUAGCACAGGGGAAAUGAAAAGGAAUGUUAUAUCAACAUUUUCUCUCACCUAAUGUCCAUUGUAAUCAGGAUGCUUAACUGAAUGAUGCAACAACAGACAAAGCUUACUGGGAAAAUGGCCGAAAGAAAUAUUUUGUGACAAGAGUGAGUGAAGAAAGUUACUCUGAUGAGUGAAUCAUUGGCUUCAUUUUUUUUCAUUCAAAAAUUUUACUGGUACUUGCAAUAUUGCUUGCAAGAUAUAUCAACGUUGAUUCAGUUUUGAAGGAAUUGAUUUUUCUUUCAUUUUGGCAUGGGGACAAGUCUUAUCAUUUGAUUUGAACUUUGGAGAAAUAAAACUGUAGGUAAUUUUGAAUGAUGUUUCAAUUUUCUUUCACUUUAGCUUGUUUUGAAUCUUCAGUUGACCCCCCCUUUUAUGAACAGGAACAUUUAAUUUGAAUCUCUGUGAUAUGUAUAUUUGUUCAUUUCUUGGUGUGGGGUACUUAUUUAAGUCUUCCCCGUGUAUUAUCGUAGGCUUAAACUCAACACACACUGAACGAUAACAGAGUUUAAGUGUUGGUCAUGGUGGUUUAUUCUUAACAGGUCCACAAACGUAGCCCAGCACCUCUUAUCUGGGCUAAAUAGUAAAUUAAAACUUUUUAAAUUUUGUACCAUAUACAAGCCGUGUAGUAUGACCACAGUCAGACCCAAAACGCCACGCUGUAAAAUCACGCUUCGAGUUUUAACGCCUUUUGGUACCCAUUUUUAAACAUGUUUAACCCACGACAUGUUUAGAUGUUUGUAUUAAAAUGCGUCUAGGAAUAUGUUCGAAUGCUAACUGCUAUCUCAUGGUACAUGUUUCGCUUUGUGAAAAACCGCUUAGCAUUUAAACACAUUCCUAAAUGCCUUUCAAUGAACAUGUCGUGGGUUAAACUUGCUAAUGGUGCGGGGGGGGGGUGUUGAGAAGUAUGUUAAAUUCAAAGCGCCUUCUUUUUUUGGGGGGGGGAUUUGUAUUGCAUCGGAGUCAUAUUGUCACUAGUAAAAGUAGCUUCCUGGAAAUGUUACUUAUUACUAGUUACUGCUUUGGCUGAAUUGUGCUUGUAGUAAUAGAGUAAUGAUACCAAUUGGUUUGUCUGUCUGAAGCCAUAUCAAACAUUUCAAUUGUUUCUAUCGACAUUUUACACUAAACGAGCAAUAAAAUGGGUACUGUGUGGACAGUAUUUGCCCUUUGUGAUAAACAAAAAUUAAUCCGGUGAUAGA